AUGUUGGAUCUAGGUGACAGCCCUGAUAAGGCAUGCAACAUUACGGUUAUCCCUCAAACUGAGAAAGAUGCUUUCCUCAGUGAUUGUGAUAGCGAUGGGUCAGAUAUGGACUAUGAGGGGGAGUCAGGCCAUUUGCCAGCCAAGCUGUUGAAUGCAUAUGCUGAACUUCAGCAAACUGAUCAUGACAGGAACAACGUUAUCAAUGAUGAUGACAUCCCCCUCACCACUACCCCUUCCACACCCCCCUCCGCUGUUCAUGAUAAAGAGCCAGUGACCUCUAUGAGCCAGAAGGUCCAGUCAGAAAAGCCAAGGGCAAAGCUGCAGGUUGUCAAAAAUAAAGAUCGAGUGUUCAAACGAUCGAAGAGGCCCGCCUCCACUGUUAUUCCAAAACACAUAGUAUACAGCCCAAAUGCUGCAGAAUGUAUAAAACAAAGUUGCCCUGAUCCAAUGGAUGUUUUCUUACUAAUGUAUCCACCUACCCUAAGAGAGAUCACCAUUGAAAUGUCCAACCUCUACUCCACCCAGACCAAGGACCAGCAACUGUAUCUGAGUAUGGAGGAGCUCCUCACAUUUUAUGGGAUCCUUAUCACCUCUGGGUACAGCUCUGUUCCAAGAAGACACAUGUACUGGUCACUUGACAGUGAUGUACACAAUGAAAGCAUUUCAGAUGCAAUGCGGAGAAAUCGCUUUGAUGAAAUAAUGGCCUCAAUUCAUGUGGUUGACAACACAAAGAUCACUGACGACCCAUUUUUUAAAGUUAGAACCAUCUUCUCCGAGCUCAAUCAGUCAUACAAAGUCAUGCCAUUUCAGGAAUGGCUGUCGGUGGAUGAGAGCAUGAUCAGAUACUAUGGUCGCCAUGGAUGUAAGCAAUUCAUAAGAGGUAAACCAAUCCGCUUUGGUUACAAGCUAUGGAGCCUUGCCUCAUCCAGUGGUUACAUGCAUCACAUGGAGCCAUAUGGUGGAUCCCACACUCUCCUCCCUGAGACGGGGUUAGGUCAGGGACCCAGUGUUGUCCUUGGUCUUGCAGAGCAAGCUCAGGUGCCUCAAGGUUGCAAGUUCAUCCAUGACAACCUCUUCACUUCUCUUGGACUCCUUGAUGAAAUGACAAAAAGAAGAUAUGGGAGCUCUGGAAUAAUGAGGCAAAAUCGUCUGUUUGAUGUCCCAUUCAAGCCCCAGAAAGAAUUCAUGAAGUUAUCUCGGGGAACAUCUGAGGUUUUGACCCAAGGAGACAAGUUGCUGGUCCGUUGGAGAGACAAUAAUGUUGUCACAGUGGCAACAAACAUGGAGGAGAAAUACAGUGAGACCUUUGUCAAGAGAUGGAACAAGGAGCAACGUACAUUUGACAAAGUCCCACAACCAAAAUGCAUCAACCUAUACAAUGAGCACAUGGGUGGUGUUGACCUUCAUGACCAACAGAUAGUCCUCACCCUUUGUCUCUCCCUCUGA